CAGCUGUAUUUCUUCUUCAGAAGAGGGCUGUCAGAGGGAGUACACUGGUGUGCAGCUCUCUGACAGGAGAACGAUGCGGUUUUAGCAGUAGUGAUCGUAGCUAGUUGUAUUUGAGUUUUUAUUGGUUUUAUAGACGGUGACUACAAAAAUCGUAUGCGUAUUUUGGAUUCGUUCGUUACUUGCAAAUUUACAAUUGUAUACAAAUGUUUUCAUGAUUCGGUUUAGGCUAGCUGCUACCAGCUAACUCGCUUCUAUCCGUAAGGUAGCUAGGCUUCUUUUGACACACGAAAAGACAAAAUUGAAGAAGGAGCACCGAUUAACUAGCGUGCUAGAAAAAUACUUAAACUUUUCACCAAAAAUGGAUCUAAAUCAAGUAACGGGCGACAUCAGUCCAGUCAGCAACCGCAGGCCUGAUGGAAUCCCCCGGCUUUCCUCUCUGUCUCUGCCCGAGUUGGGAAACACGACCUCCCCCUGUAUGAAGAAUCUGUUCUCGCCUGGACCUGCAACUGUGCUGUCCCCUGUCACCCAUCUGGCUCUAAACAUGAACAACCUAGCGGGACUGGGAGGACAAUGUGAUACCCCCAAAAGAAGAAAGCAUGUGCCUCUGCUGAAGAUUCCCUCCUUUGCCUCAGACGCUUCCUCUGAUGCUGGCCUCGGUAUGGAUUCCCCCAGUCCCAUGGAUUCCAUUGAUGUGGAGGAGAUGUUUGAGAGGGCCGUCCAGGAGAAUGGCCGAGUCGCUAACCAGAAAAUGCCCAUCAGGAGAAUCCAAUCUCUACCAAUGCACCUGCUGGGCCACAGCCCCGCUCUGAAAGGACAGGACCCCGACCCCAGCCGCUAUGGAGCCUUCGGCCCCUCCUCCUCCUGUCCAGGACAGGGGGACAAGGAGAACCUGCCAGAGGAGGGCUUUGAGUUCAAGAAGCCUGCCAAGCCAGUGUCCAAGCAUCGCAGACGCUCCUUCAACAACAGGGAGGCCUUCGCACGCAGGCCCAACUCUGCCCCGGCCCUCAUGCUGUCCCCGCCCCCCUUCCAGCGGCUCGGCUCAUUGGACGACAGCAGCCCCAUGGUCCUGAGGCACUCGUCCCUCACCUGCUCGCUGACCAGCGAUGAGGACGAUGGCUUCUUGGACGUGAUGGAUGACCCCCUGGAGGAGCAGAAUGACUCCAACAUGCCCCAGGGUAUGGCCAGCCUGCUGACAGCGCCCCUAGUGGCAGACUCCCCUUCAGACAACUCGCCUGUGUUUGGCUGUCGUCCUCGGGGCUUGUUCCGCUCCCCCUCCCUGCCGGCGGGGCGCGGGACCCUGAAGCGUCCGGAGCGUCCCCGGGACGAAAACACCCCUGUCAGGGUGAAGCGACGCCGCAGCCUGGCCGGCACCUACGCCAGCCCCGAGAAGGACCCACACUCCCCCCGUGCGGUGUGCCAGGUCCAGCGGUCCAAGUCCUUCUGCCACGUGGAGAUCGAGAAGCUGCUGGACGGAGGGGUGGCGGAGCUCAUAGGAGACUUCACCAAGCCAUUUGUCCUUCCCACUGUGGACGGGAAACACCAGGACCUGAAAUACAUCACCCCAGACAUGAUGGAGGCGUCCCUCAGCGGCCACUUCAGCCACGCGGUGGAGCAGCUGAUCGUCAUCGACUGCCGCUACCCCUACGAGUACGAGGGGGGCCACAUCAAGGGGGCGCAGAACCUGCACCAGGAGGAGCAGGUGGAGGACUUCCUGCUGAGGAGGCCCAUCUUGCCGUCGUCGCGUGAGAAGCGCGUGGUGCUGGUGUUCCACUGCGAGUUCUCGUCGGAGCGCGGCCCCAGGAUGUGCCGCUUCGUGCGCGAGCGCGACCGCUCCAUGAACGAGUACCCCGCCCUGCACUACCCGGAGCUCUACAUCCUCAAGGGGGGCUACAAGGAGUUCUUCCCCCACUUCCAGGUCCACUGCGAGCCCCAGGCCUACAGGCCCAUGCACCAUGAGGACUUCAAGGAGGAUCUGAGGAGGUUCCGUCUGAAGAGCAGGACUUGGGCCGGAGAACGCAGCAAGAGAGACCUGUACAGCCGCCUGAAGAAGCUGUGAUUCCUCCAUCCAACUCUCCCUCCAUCCAUCCAUCCUCCCCCUUGUACAGCUGUCUGAAGAAGCUGUGAUUCCCAACACUGCCCCUCCAGAAGCUAGGAGGACACACACAGCGCUCACACACACACACCUCAUACACUCUUACGCCUGGUGAGCGUUGGUGCUCCACGGACAGCCAGGGCCUGCCUCCCAAAAGCCCAGAACUUCAACCCCUCACUGCCACGUUUGUCGUCGACCUGAACCACAGAACACCGUCUGGGAUGGAUGCCCGCGCAGUGUUUCCGAGACGCGUCUGCCAUUUGUCCCCCCCGGAGAUGCGUCUGACGUGCUCCCAGCACAGGGAUGUCACACACACCGUGCUCGUAACCACUCGUAGCCUCCCGCUACAGCUCUGCCGAUGCUACAGCUGCCCCUCCCUCCCUCAACUCACUCAAGUCUCACUGGACAGAUUUUCCGAUUCCCCCCCGUAUGUUUUGUAUGUUGUUUACCGCCCUAUUUAAGCACUUAAUUCAAUAUCCCUUUUAGGUUGUGAGGUGCUGUGUUUUUAAAUGCGUUAGGAUUUUGUAUUCUCUAUUGUUUGUGUGUACGCGCCAAUACCAAGUUAAAAGGGUUGAGACCCGCACCUCCUGGCUGCCAGCCCAGGGGACGUAGGCGGUUUGGAUACGGCUUGUGUCCUGUGAGAGGAGGCAAGGUUCUCAGAGCUCAGCGCGGCUCCAGAACGAGCUCUCCUGUCUGUUCCCCGUGCUGCAGGUCAGCAACAUGUCAAGAUUGUUGACAAGAGACCCCGGAUUUUUGAAAGUGAUUUUAAUUCGAUUAUUAUUUUAAUUCGAUUAUUUUUUUGACAGAAUGGUGUUGCUUUGUGCAGUUGGCUUUGUGGCUUGAAUUUUUUGUACCUGUCUACGGGGGAGUUUCUGGAAUAAAAAUCUAAUUUUAAACGGA